AUGCAGUCCGUAACAGAGAAGCUCGAUCGGACAAGCGUGAGCGUCAGCCCCGAAAAGGCCGAAGCCGAGUCCUUCCUCAAGUCACUGCUCAACAAGUCGCUGCGCAUCCACACAACGGAUAGCCGUAUGUUCAUAGGCACCUUCAAGUGCACUGAUACGCACACCAACGUCGUUCUAGCCCUGACAUACGAAUACCGCCAGCCGUCCCACCAGAAGCUGGCCGAGGCAGCGGCCGCUGCAGCCAACUCAAGGUCGGAUAGUGUCAAGGCCGACAUGACAUCGAGGUACCUGGGUUUGGUCGUCAUCCCGGAUCCCCUGGCCGUGCACCGGAGCCGCGAGCUGCUGGGCGAUGUGUGGAUCAACUGCGAGAAGCCGUAUCCAAUCCACCACCCGUACACCGAGGUGGUGUAUUUGGGCGACGUCGAGAGGCGGCCGCUGAAGGCGCUGCAGGAGGCCUACUGGAGGACGCAGCGGGAGAAGCUUAGUGAUGAGGAUUGA